AUGCUGAUAUAUAAGAAGUUCUGCGAGUUCGAGGACGAAUUACAGCGACUUACGGCAUCCAUACAGCAGUACAAACCAGAUCCCGAGAUCGCCUCGGAGAUUGUGGUUACUGCAGAUAAGAUCAAUGCCGAGUUGGAAAAGAUAGAGCUUCUUCAUGAGAUGAGAUCGAAUCAGGUAGUUAAGCAAAACACUGAAAAUGAUCAGUUGAACGAGAGUCUGCGUUCGAUUCUCACCACGUUGAAUGAUUGUCGGCAAGAAUUAGAGUUGUUACCUAAGCUAACCAUUGAAGAAGAGCAGGAUGUGGCCGAAGGUGAGCUACAAAGGGCUUUGAAAGAACCCGAUCUUGAUGCCACCAAACAAUUGCUUGCUUAUGCUAUGAAGUUGUCGAAGUUCUCGAGGAUCCCAAGGACCUUUGACGGGUUUUUGCUUCCAAACAAUUUUCUUUGGCCAGGUGAUGAUAAUAUGAGGAGAGGUAUGCUUGCCAUGGCUUCAAUGAUGCCGGAUAAAGUCAUCAAUAGAGAAAACAGUAACAGUGGGCAGGAAGAAAUCGAGGUGGAAGUGGAAGAGGAGAAGAAAGAUGAGGAAAGUAAUCAAGUACAAGUUAACGAAGAGGAGGAUGUGUUGAGAAGAGAUGGAGCACAGACUAAAGAUGCAAGUGAGGUGAUGGCUGGUUUAGAUUUGUUUGAUGAGGAUGAGGACUAA